GGGCAUACCGUGGAGGACCACAUGCGGCAUCUUGGGACAGUUCUACAGCGGCUGCGCAAGGCUAAUCUUCGACUCAACAAGGACAAAUGCAGCUUCUUCAAACGCAGACUGAAGUAUUUAGGACACGUCAUCAGCGGGAACGGCAUACACACGGAUCCUGACAAGAUCGCCGCAGUGCGCAACCUGAAACCCCCGGCAGGUGUCAAGGAACUUCGCCGAUGCAUCGGUAUGGCCUCCUGGUACCGGCGGUUUGUACCCAACUUUUCCGAAAUAGUAGAACCCAUGACGGCGUUGUUAAGGAAAGAUCGGCAAUGGAAAUGGUCGGAAGAACAGGAGAAAGCCUUCGAGGAGUUGAAGAUCAGGUUAACUGAAGCGCCGGUCCUCGCCUGCCCUGAUUUUUCUGAAAAAUUCUCAUUGCAAACCGACGCUAGCGAACAAGGAUUAGGAGCCGUCCUUACACAAAAGAUAAGGGACGAGGAACGAGUAAUAGCCUACGCGAGUCGACGCUUGUCCAAAGCCGAGGAGAACUACUCCGUUACUGAGAAGGAAUGCUUGGCAAUAGUGUGGUCAAUCCGCAAGCUGCGCUGUUACUUGGAAGGAUACCGAUUUGACGUGAUCACGGACCAUCUCGCCCUCAAAUGGAUCAACUCGAUCGACAACCCCACUGGACGGAUAGCACGUUGGGCUUUGGAGCUGCAGCAAUAUCAAUUCGAUAUUCGCUAUCGCCGAGGGAAGCAGAACGUGGUAGCAGAUGCACUUUCCCGCCAACCAUUGGAGUUACUACAUCAAGCUCUGGAGGAGGAGUCACAGUGCAAGUGGAUCAGGAAAAUGUUGGCGAGAAUCAGGCAGCAGCCGGGCAAAUAUGAAGACUACCGAAGCGAGAGUGGACAACUGUAUCGGCGCCUGCACACCGUGCCCGAAGAAGAAGACUCCACCCCAUGGAAACUCUGCGUCGCUGCAGAACAUAGACGACGCGUACUAAAAGAAUGCCAUGACCACCCGACGGCCGGACAUCUAGGAAUCCGAAAAACAAGCACACGAGUCGCCCAAAAGUACUACUGGCCAGGCCUGUUCCGAGAAGUCGCCAGAUACGUUCGCCAAUGCGUAGUGUGCCAAAAAUACAAGAUCUACUCAAACCGCCACGACGAUGCUGACACCCCGGAUACACAGAGACGAAACCAAUCAGGAACCGGAUAUCUUGCGAGGAACGACGCACCGAACGAGGCGUGCGUGGCUGCUCCUCCUGGACACAUCCGCUUCAGGAACCCGGAUGUCCUGCGAGGAACGACGCACCGAACGAGGCGUGCGUGGCUGCUUCUCCUGGACGCAUCCGCUUCAGGAACCCGGAUGUCCUGCGAGGAACGACACACCGAACGAGGCGUGCGUGGCUGCUUCUCCUGGACCCAUCCGCUUCAGGAACCCGGAUAUCUUGCGAGGAACGACGCACCGAACGAGGCGUGCGUGGCUGCUUCUCCUGGACGCAUCCGCUUCAGGAACCCGGAUGUCCUGCGAGGAACGACACACCGAACGAGGCGUGCGUGGCUGCUUCUCCUGGACCCAUCCGCUUCAGGAACCCGGAUAUCUUGCGAGGAACGACGCACCGAACGAGGCGUGCGUGGCUGCUCCUCCUGGACACAUCCGCUUCAGGAACCCGGAUGUCCUGCGAGGAACGACGCACCGAACGAGGCGUGCGUGGCUGCUUCUCCUGGACGCAUCCGCUUCAGGAACCCGGAUGUCCUGCGAGGAACGACACACCGAACGAGGCGUGCGUGGCUGCUUCUCCUGGACCCAUCCGCUUCAGGAACCCGGAUAUCUUGCGAGGAACGACGCACCGAACGAGGCGUGCGUGGCUGCUCCUCCUGGACACAUCCGCUUCAGGAACCCGGAUGUCCUGCGAGGAACGACGCACCGAACGAGGCGUGCGUGGCUGCUUCUCCUGGACCCAUCCGCUUCAGGAACCCGGAUAUCUUGCGAGGAACGACGCACCGAACGAGGCGUGCGUGGCUGCUCCUCCUGGACACAUCCGCUUCAGGAACCCGGAUGUCCUGCGAGGAACGACGCACCGAACGAGGCGUGCGUGGCUGCUUCUCCUGGACCCAUCCGCUUCAGGAACCCGGAUAUCCUGCGAGGGACGACGCACCGAACGAGGCGUGCGUGGCCGCUUCUCCUGGACACAUCCGCUUCCGGGACCCGGACAUCCUUCGAAGAACGACGCACCAAACGAAGCGGGCGUGGCUGUUCCUUCAAGGGCAAACCGCAACCGUGAUUGCACCGAAGGGACCAACCAAGGCCGACAUUUUGGAGAUUCUCAUUAAGUCUAUAACCGCUCCGCCGCACUCAUAGAGUAUCAAAGUAUUUCUUGCCUGUAGUCAACAAGUCCAUUCCUAUUCACAGCUCAUCGAAUGCGAGAGACCCCCGCCGUCGGAGAACUACGACAAAAGCCAGGCAGGAGCCCCCAGUCGACUGGGAGA